AUGCAAUGCCUGCAACUCUAUCUGAAAGAUUCGGCACCAACAUGGUUGAGAGGUCUGCCGAAGGGAUCUAUUAGGUACUGGGAAAAUCUGUUCGAUGCUUUCGUCAAGAAUUUCCAUGCCACAUACAAGAGGCCCGUUGGAAUUGAAGAAUUGCGCCAUUUCCAACAGAAGCCGAAGGAAUCGAUGCGCGCGUAUAUUGGACGUUCUACUAAACUUCUAAAUGUUGCCGAAGAUGUCUCCAUAGACUGGGUGAUCGAUGCCUUCAGUGAUGGCAUCCGACGAGAAUCCUAUAUCGAAGAACUUGGACGGAAUAAGCCGAAGACUAUUACCAGGAUUACGGAGAUUGCCAAUAGUUGGACUGAUGGAGAAGACCACGUGCGGAAGCCAUGCCCGCGCAGUGACGAUGAAGACGAUGACAAGAAGCAUGAUUCAGGUCAGCGGCGUGAUCACCGCAAAAAGAGAAGAGACCGUGGGUAUGAAACCUUCGGUGACACCAGCAUUGUAGCUGCCGGAUACUCUAGUCGACAUGAUGAUCGUUACGAUGACCAGCGUGGUGACAGGCGCGAUGAUCGUCGGGAUGGCAACCGCAGCGGUUCUAGUGGAAAUUGA